CUAAGGAAGUUCCACUUCCUUCCACUGCAAAUUUUCGCUUUCUCUCUCCUCAUUGUGCUUCUGCUUGAACUUUUUUCAUUAGCAAAAGCUUCUAACAUCAAGCCUAUCUCUCAAGCUUUCGAGGAUUUACCAAAGAAAAGAUUGAAAGAAACCUUGAAAAAAAGAAAAAAGGAGGAACUUGCUCCCUCCCUCCCUCUCUCUCUCUCUCUCUCUCUCUCUCUCUCUCAUGGGUUAGCUGAAUCUAAUCCAUCUUCAAGAAGGUUUUUGUUCCUCUUUCUUGAGUCUUGGGUAAGGAACUUCAGUACUAAUAAAAGCAUCUUCAACCAUGUCUUGAAGUGCUUGAGCUCAGUCCUAUCGUUGAUCCAUCGCUCACUCGAGGGUUUAGUCUUGUUGUUUUCCUCAUCUAAAGUGAGCAGCAAUAACUCUUGAAGCCCAGGCCAGACAAAUAAAGCCUCAGGAGAUACAAAACAAGUAAGCAUCAUCGAGAAGAGCGAAUAGAUCAGAGUCAUGGAUCCAAAUUCAUUUCAAGACUUGGACUCUUUGAGCACCGACAGUGGAACCCUCAACGAUGCCGCCUCUGUCAGUGCCGCUGCAACAAAUUACAGCUCCAUUGCUGCAGCCACCAGCUCCUCCUCCUCCUCCUCCUCGCCCGCUGCCCUCAGCCGGUAUGAGAACCAGAAGCGGCGAGACUGGAACACUUUCGGGCAGUAUCUCCGUAACCACCGGCCGCCUCUCUCCCUCUCCCGGUGCAGCGGGGCUCAUGUGCUUGAGUUCCUCCGGUACCUCGACCAGUUCGGUAAGACCAAGGUCCACACCCAGCUCUGCCCCUUCUUUGGCUACCCAAACCCACCUGCCCCUUGCCCGUGCCCUCUCCGGCAAGCCUGGGGAAGCCUUGACGCGCUUGUCGGCCGUCUCCGUGCUGCCUUCGAAGAGAAUGGUGGAAACCCUGAGGCCAACCCUUUCGCGGCUAGGGCCGUGAGGCUUUAUCUGCGUGAAGUUCGCGAUUUGCAAUCCAAAGCGAGAGGGGUGAGCUAUGAGAAGAAGAAGAGGAAGAGGCCACCACCACAAGCCCCAGCGCUACCACCAUCGAGUGAAGAUCAGUGAGGGAUAUCGCGAUUAGCGAAACUCUUGCUUAGAAUCGGUUCAUAAGGAUUGACUUCGCCGAAGUAAUUGGGCAUGGUGAGUGACACCUUGAAGAUGAUAGAAGCAAAAAUGAAUGCACAUCUUCUAUAUGAAAAUGUGAUUUUUUUUCUGCUAGAGAAGUUUCAUCAUGUGGUAGAAUUCCAUGUUGUUUUUAUUUACAUUAGUUAGCUGCACGGAAUUGUUUCAGAUUUCUUAAAAUCUUAUGCUUGGUUGGGUGGAUCAGUCAAUGAAAGAAGGAAGGAAUCGGUCGAUUAAUUAAAAUCAUGUACUUGAUUGGAAAUAUCUGAAACGAGAACUCUAAUUUCUCAAUGUACUUGGUGUUUAAGGCUUUAUAGCAAGAAAUAAAUCUCCCAGUUGAUGUUAUUCUA